AUGUCGUCCCCGAGCAAACGAUCGACUCGAAGCUCCCAGGCCGGGACACCGCGCCGCUCCACCAGGAACGCAGAGGUCCCCAAGAGCAGCCCCGCGCCCCUCGCUUCCGAUGAUGCUGAAGCACCCGCCGCAUCGCAGACGCCCCGACAGAACCCCCCAUCCUCGCGCCUUCAGUCGAGCCCUCUCUUUUACCAGUCGUCUCCCGCCGUAGGAGGCAACCGCCGCACCGGCCCCGCGCUCGGCGAUGUGUCCUCGCCGCUUCGACACAUGACGAACAGCCAGAGUACCGCUACAGCGGCGCCCAGCUCUCCCUUGCGCCAACAGACCGAGACGCAGUCGAUUGACGGCGAUAGAACACCCCGCGCCAGCGGCACAGUCAGAGACUCAUCCCCCGUUCGAUAUGAUCCCAGCUCUAGUCCUGGCCGGUCACGGCCAGCCCAGUCCGAGUUGCGCAGCGAAAGCAGUGCUCUCUUUGUCGGACAGCGCUCCGGCUCUGCCUACUCCCGCAGCCGCCAGGAGAUGGGUCUGUCCGCUCAGCCCAUUCGCCGUAUUUUCCUCAACGAGUCGGGCAGGAUCACACGCGACGGCAGUGUGCCUGGUUCGGACCCCGCCUCGUUCAGCAACCGCGACCCCAACACAUCAGAGGCCAACCGCCUGGGCGGCGCCAACGAAGCUCUUGUUUGGGGAACAAACAUUUCCGUCGACGACUCCUUCACCGCCUUUAAGGACUUUUUGCGCCACUUCACAAAGAAGUAUCGCAUGUACAAGGACGGGGCCUCGGAGGCCGAGGUCAAGGCGGCGCCCGACGCUGAGUCCAAGCCUUACAUGGAGCAGCUCCAGACGAUGCUGCUGCUGGGCAACACGAAAAUGUACUUGGACCUUGCCGAUGUGAACGCCUACCCGCCCACCCGCAAGUUCUGGCACCAGAUCCAGUCAUAUCCCCAGGAUCUCGUCCCUAUCAUGGACCAGUCUGUGCAUGACAUCAUGACGGAACUCGCUGCCGCCGAGGAUAUGCAGCGUCGGUCCCAGAGUACCGCAGGUCGAAGCUCUCACCAGAUCAGCUCGCAAAGCUCCGAACCCGUCUUCCCCAGCUCCGAUCGCCCUGACGGAGCCCCUUCGCCGGGCGGCCAGCCAGACCAGCAGUCCAUGGAAGAUGCGGUAUCACAGAUGGUCUACAAAGUCAGGCCCUAUGGCCUUGCCACCACGACGAACCUGCGCGAUCUCAACCCAUCUGACCUGGACCAGCUCGUCAGCAUCAAGGGUCUCGUCAUCCGCACGAGCCCCAUCAUCCCCGACAUGAAGGACGCCUUCUUCCGAUGCAACGUCUGCAACCACUCGGUCAACGUCGGUCUCGAUCGUGGCAAGAUCAGCGAGCCGACCAAGUGCCCCAGGCCCCGAUGCGGUUCCGACAACUCGAUGCAGAUCGUUCACAACCGAUGCACAUUCGAGGACAAGCAGAUCAUCAAGCUCCAGGAGACGCCAGACUCUGUACCUGCCGGCCAAACCCCUCACUCUGUGUCUGUGUCGUGUGGCCAUGACUUGGUCGACUUUUGCAAAGCCGGUGACCGCGUUGAGCUGACGGGUAUCUUUCGAUCCAGCCCUGUCAGGGUCAACCCCCGACAGAGGACAAUCAAGAGCGUAUACAAGACAUACGUGGAUGUGCUGCAUGUGCAAAAGGUGGACAAGAAGAGGAUGGGCAUGGACCCGUCGACUUUGAUGCUCGAAGGCGACGACGAGAACGAGCUCGAGGGCAAGGAGGAGACGCGCAAGCUGACGGCCGAAGAGGAAGCCAAGAUUCAAGAAACAGCCGCACGGCCCGACAUUUACGAUCUCCUGUCACGAUCGCUGGCACCAUCGAUCUACGAAAUGGACGAUGUCAAGAAGGGCAUUCUCCUCCAGCUGUUUGGCGGCACCAACAAGACCUUCCAGAAGGGAGGCAGCCCCAAGUACAGAGGCGACAUCAACGUGCUGCUCUGCGGUGACCCCUCGACGUCAAAGUCACAGCUUCUCGGCUACAUCCACAAGAUUGCUCCUCGCGGCGUCUACACCAGUGGCAAGGGCUCUUCCGCUGUCGGUCUUACCGCAUACGUCACGAGAGACCCUGAGAGCAGACAACUUGUGCUCGAAUCAGGUGCUCUCGUCCUGUCUGACGGCGGCGUGUGCUGCAUCGACGAGUUUGAUAAAAUGUCCGACGCCACCCGCUCAGUGCUUCACGAAGUCAUGGAGCAGCAGACUGUUUCGGUGGCCAAGGCGGGCAUCAUCACGACGCUGAACGCUCGCACCAGUAUUCUGGCCUCGGCCAACCCCAUCGGCAGUCGUUACAACCCGGAUCUUCCCGUGCCGCAAAACAUUGAUCUGCCUCCUACCUUGCUGUCUCGUUUCGAUCUCGUCUACCUCAUCCUGGAUCGCGUUGACGAGAAGACGGACCGCAAGCUCGCCCGCCAUCUUCUCUCCCUAUACCUCGAGGAUACACCAGACUCGGCCGCCACGGAGCUGGACAUUCUGCCCGUCGAAUUCCUGACCUCCUACAUCUCCUACGCCCGCGCCAACAUCCACCCGACCAUCUCACAGGACGCAGCCCAAGAGCUCGUCGAGAACUACGUCGACAUGCGCAAGCUCGGCCAGGACGUCCGCGCCGCCGAGAAGCGCAUCACAGCGACGACGCGUCAGCUCGAGUCGAUGAUCCGUCUCGCCGAAGCGCACGCCAAGAUGCGCCUCUCGACGACGGUCACGCGCGACGACGUCAAGGAGGCGUGCCGCCUCAUCCGGUCGGCGCUCAAGACGGCGGCCACGGACUCGCAGGGCCGCAUCGACAUGAGCCUGCUCACCGAGGGCACGAGCUCCGCCGAGCGCAGGCGCCGCGAGGAGAUCAAGGACGCCAUCCUGCGACUGCUGGACGAGCUCACGAGCGCGGGACAGGCGGUGCGGUACGGCGAGGUCGCCAAGCAGCUGAGCGAGGGCGCGAGCGUGGCUGUCGAGCAGGCUGACUUUAGCGAGACGAUGAGGGCGCUGGAGAUGGAGGGCCUCAUCAUGAUCAGCGGCGAGGGCGCGAGGAGAAACGUCAGGCGCGUCACGGCUGUGGUGUGA